AUGGAGCGGCCGUGGGUGCCCCUCGCCCUGCUGGGGCUGGGGCUUGGUCUAUGCUGGGCGGCGGUGCCCCAGCCUGGACACCACCUCGUCUACUGGAACAGCUCCAAUCCCCGGUUACAGUGGAGUGACUACACGGUGGUGGUUCGCAUCAAUGAGUACCUGGACAUCAUCUGCCCGCACUACGAGGAGGGGAGCGUGGACCCCCGGGUCAUGGAACGCUACACCCUCUACCUGGUGGAGCUGGAGGAGUACCAGGCCUGCAAGCCACGCUCCAAGGACCAGAUCCGUUGGGAGUGCAACAAACCCAGUGCCCUGCACGGCCCCGAGAAGUUCUCGGAGAAGUUCCAGCGCUUCACCCCCUUCACGCUGGGCAAGGAGUUCGAGGAGGGGCGCAGCUACUACUACAUCUCCAAGCCCAUUCACCACCACGGGGAAGCGUGCCUGAAGCUGAAGGUGACAGUGGCUGGCAAAGGCACUCAGGCACCGCCUGUCCCGGCCUCUACCCAGAAGGGGAAGAUCCAGGCAGAUGAUGCAGCUGCACACGUGCUGAGGAGCGUGGGGCAGAACUCAGCGAUGCGAGGCAGCAGCCCCUUCACCUUCAUCAGCCUCCUCCUGCCCCUCCUGGUGCCACAGGGGCUGUGA